UCGAGCAACAACCUUUUCCGUUGUAAAGCAGUGUGCUGCCUCAGUUCAAAGCAACGAUAUUUAUCAACUAUACGCCGAUUCCCCCCCCAUAACAUUGACGUGUUCGACUUUUUGAUAUCAUCAACCAAGAGGAUAAAAGCCAUGCCGAGACUCAGGAAACUUACAGCGCCUGCAGCGGAUAAGAAAACUAAGCCAUGUGUUUCUGAGAACCAGGACGAUGGUUCUCAGGUCAAGAGGUCCACUUCCCCUUCUUGUGGGGCCCCGAAAAAGAGGACAGCCUUUCUAAACUUGACCAACUCAAAGGUCCAGAUCAGCCUCCCUGGCAAGAAGGAGCUGAGAAAGAAGCAGGUGAAGAAAACAAGCGCCCCCUCUCUGUCAUCAAAGAAAGCAACCAAGCUGAAAGGGUCCUCUUCAGAGAGCUCUGUGGAGAAUCCAGUCGAAAAGGAUGAGGACGAUGAGAAGGAAGCAGCUCCAGCCGGCAAACUGGAAGCUGCCGUCUACGAGGUGCCGCCACACCUCAGGAGACCACAGGUUCCAGCAGAGUUUGACGUCGACUCGGAGUACUCGGAGGACACCCGUAUGUGUCCUGAGUAUGCAAUGGAGAUCUUUAGCUACCUCAAGCAAAGAGAGGAGAAGUUUGUCCUGUGCGACUACAUGAGCAAGCAGCCUAGCCUCAGCCAGGAAAUGCGGGCUGUCCUGAUAGACUGGCUGGUGGAAUUGCAGGAGAACUUUGAGCUGUUCCACGAGACGCUGUACCUAAGCGUGAAGUUGACCGACCACUACCUGAACAUCACCCCCAUUCACCGCAACAUGCUGCAGCUGGUGGGCGUCACCGCCAUGCUCAUCGCCUCCAAGUUUGAGGAGUACAGCGUGCCGCCUGUCGAAGAAUUCCUCUUUGUUUGUGAUGGCGCGUACACCAAGGAGGAGAUUCUCGCCAUGGAGGCCAGCAUCCUGCAAAAGCUGUCCUUCGACUUAAACAUCCCCAUCUCAUACCGCUUUCUACGGCGCUACGCCAAGUGUGUGAACGCCGGCAUGGACACACUGACGCUGGCUCGCUACUUUUGCGAGAGGAGCCUGUUGGAGAUGAAGAUGGUGGCAUUGCGAGGCUCGCUGCUGGCAUCCAGCUGCCUGCUUCUGGCCAUGCUUACCAAGGAUCUGGGUGGAUGGUCUCCCAUCCUGCAGUUCCACUCCGGAUACAAUUUGUCAGAAGUGGCGCCCGUGGUCUGGAAGAUCUAUUUGAUGAUGUUGGAGCCUCCCAAUGAAAAACUGAACACGAUCAACACCAAAUACUCCCACAAGGUGUUUUUCGAAGUGUCGUCUCUGCCGUUGAUUGACCUGGAUGUCUUGGAGAAGGCGUUAUCGGAUUAAGAAGCCUCUGCACUCUAUUCCAAAAUGUCCUUCAGGUGAACACUUGUAAAUACGUUAAUGUUUGAUAUUUAUACAUGUUGUUUUUGUUACAUUUGAUGUUGACUAUUAGGGUUUUUACCUUUUUUAUUUUGUGUUAAAGAGAAAAAACAAUUAUGAUCACCACUUGUCUCUAGCGUCCAAAUUGUUACUUUUAAUGGCAUUUGCACAAGUUUUAUGGCUUUUAGUGCGUUUGUAUCAUGUAUUAUCUUAGUAAUAAAGAUGCUCAUCUAUGUUUGGUAAACACUUA